AUGUCGUCUGACGUGUCAGAAUAUACUAUUGGGGGAGUGAAGAUCAUAUUCCCUUGCAAGGCAUACCCUUCACAGCUUGCUAUGAUGAAUGCUAUUGUUAGGGGCUUAAAUAACAGGCAACACUGUUUGUUGGAGAGCCCUACAGGAAGUGGCAAAAGCUUGGCAUUACUUUGUUCUGCAUUAUCAUGGCAGCAGUCUCUGUAUGAGAAAUCACCGCUUACAUCAUCAUGUGAAAAGGAAGACAGAAAGCCAGAGACUGCACUGCCAUGUCGCUGUACGUGUCAUUCCGAAGCUGAGAGGAAUGAGGCUGCAACAAGUGUGAAUCAUGGCGCUUCUUGUUCUUUUAAUAAUUAUGAAACAGGAAGUUCCGUAAAACCUGGAGGUCCACUAACAAACACAGAGUAUAAGGAAAAUGAAACGCUAGCUUCAAAAUUGUCUGCCAAAAAAAAGUUAUCUUUACGUGACAAUGAGAACGAUGAUUUUCAAGUAGACAGGAAAAGGAUUCGUCCUUUAGAAACCGAGCAGCAGGUUAGAAAACGUCAUUGUUUUGCAAAAGGAGUGCAGCUAGUUGAUGCUGCAGAAGUUUACAAUCAGAGAAAAAAUGGAGAGCUGGUAGUUCACUCUGAAAAAAGUGUGAAAACCACUACUUUUUCUCCCCAAACAACUUCUGACCCGUGCACUGAGUGUUCCUGUUCUGGAAAAGAAACUGGUAAAGAUGCUAGUAACCCAAAGAAGAAAGAAAAGGGAGAUCGGCCGUUCAUUCCCAAAAUAUUUUUUGGAACGCGAACACACAAGCAAAUAUCCCAGAUUACCAGAGAGUUGAAGAGAACAGCAUAUUCCACUGUCCCUAUGACGAUUCUUUCUAGCCGGGAUCAUACCUGUAUUCAUCCAGUGGUAUCUAAUAGUGUUAGUAACAGGAAUGAAAUGUGUGUAGAAUUGCUGGAAGGAAAACAAGGCAAAUCCUGUCUUUAUUAUCAUGGUGUUCAUAAACUCAGUGAACACCAUGCCCUACAGUCUGCACAUGGGAUGUAUCAGGCUUGGGAUAUUGAAGAUCUAGUGAGCCUGGGAAAGAGGCUUCGAGCCUGUGCAUAUUUUGCAGCCAGAGAACUCAUGGUGGGCGCAGAUAUUGUAUUUUGUCCUUAUAAUUAUCUUCUUGACCCACAGAUACGGGAGAGUAUGGAAAUUAACCUAAAAGGCCAAGUAGUCAUUUUAGAUGAAGCCCAUAAUAUUGAGGACUGUGCUCGCGAGUCAGUGAGCUACGGUGUUACAGAAAGUCAACUAAGAGCUGCUCGAGAAGAGCUGGAUUUCAUGGUAAAUAACAACAUCAGGCAGAAGGAUCAUGAGCCCUUACGGGCUGUGUGCUGCUCUUUGACAAACUGGUUACGGGAUAGCUCUAGUCAACUAGUAGAAAGAGGGUAUGAAACUUCCUGUAAGGUUUGGAGUGGGAAAGAAAUGAUCACCAUUUUGCACGAAAUGGGAAUAACUGGUAUUACUUUUCCCAUUUUGCAGAAGCAUCUUGCUGCUGUCCUGGAAAAAGAAGAAAAAAUAUCAGUGCUUGGUAAAGAGGAACUUAUUCAGAUACCAGUUGUGAGCUCUGCCACUCAGAUUGUGCUGAAAGGGUUAUUCAUGGUUCUUUUAUGUCUUUUUAAAGAUAAUAGCAGGUAUGCAGAUGACUACAAAGUUGCUCUACAACAAACUUACGCCUGGGUGAAUGAAAACCAACUUGAUGUUUCAGAUACAAGUGCCUUUACACGCCCCAAGCAUAAAAGGAGUUUGCGGCAGAAAACUGUAGUCCAUAUGCUGAAUUUCUGGUGCUUGAAUCCUGCCGUGGCUUUUUCAGACUUAAGUGAUGUUAGAACAAUUGUUCUGACAUCUGGUACACUCUCUCCGAUGGAUUCAUUUUCUUCAGAACUUGGUGUGAAGUUUUCUAUUCAGUUGGAGGCAAAUCACGUUAUUCGGAACUCACAGGUUUGGGUUGGCACCAUUGGAGCAGGCCCCAAUGGUCGCAAGUUGUGUGCCACGUUCCAGCAUACAGAGACCUUUGAGUUCCAAGAUGAGGUGGGAGCGCUUCUGCUUUCAGUGUGUCAAACAGUUGGCCAAGGAAUUUUGUGCUUUUUGCCAUCCUAUAAGCUGUUGGACAAAUUAAAAGAUCGCUGGAUGCACACUGGCUUAUGGAGAAACCUGGAGCUGGUUAAGACAGUCAUUGCAGAGCCUCAAGGAGGGGCAAAGAGUGACUUUGAUGAACUGCUGAAAAUAUACUAUGAUGCAAUAAGAUGUAAAGGAGAAAAAGAUGGAGCACUCCUUAUAGCUGUAUGCAGAGGAAAAGUUAGUGAAGGCUUGGAUUUCUGUGAUGAGAAUGCCCGUGCAGUUGUAACCAUAGGUAUUCCAUUUCCAAAUGUGAAAGACCUUCAGGUAGGAUAUCAACUGAAAAAGUU